AUGGCCUCCCAGUACGCGGCGGAGCUAUGUAUGCUCCUGGUAGAAGAUAAUUUUGGCGAGCUCUUCGGGCGGAUAUUCUCGACCCUGCAUCGCUAUGAACGCCUUACUUUGCAGCGACUAGUCGGCUUCACUCGCAUCUCCGAAAGUCGAUUGCGCGCUGCCCUGGUCGCCAUGAUCCAGCAUCAUCUCGUGCACCACAAUACUCCCCUCGACGAAGGCAUUACGUACUACAGCGCAAACAUGCAAGCUGCUUACUACCUUGCGCGGUCAGGGAAAAUCUUGGAAUUUGUUGAGGAUAGGCUAGGACACUAUGCCGCCACCGUCAUGUCGACGAUAAUGUAUCUCGGCCAUGCUCAAGUGAGUCACCUUGAGACAUUGCCAGAAUUACGACUCGACGCUUCUGAAGCGAACGGGGUCCAUGAAGAGCAGGAGGAACUACAGGGAGAUGAGAAUGGAGUGAACGGGAUGAAUGGCGACCAUGUGCCAGAGCAAUCAGCACUGCACCCAACACUCAAAACGCUCGCCGCUCAUGGAUAUAUCCUUCGGGUCCGGGAAGGGCACUUUCAAAGCUACGCCGAUAACAUCUUGGAUAUUGAACGCCAGAUUAAAGCGGGAGACUCGGCGCAAAGUCUCAAGGGAAAGAAGCUUGAAGAGUACGUGCUCGAGAAGACGGGCGAUAUGCUCAAGGAGCGGCUAGACAGUGACCUCAGUCGAGGAUUACUUGUUAAUGGAGUUCCCCGAGGAGUGAAACGGAGGCGCGCCAACGGGACUAUAGACGAAGACAACAAACGGGCGCGCUUCGACUACGACAACGCUGGGGAUGAAGAAGAAAAUGAGUGGUUCGAUGAUGAGAUCCCCAUGGAGUCCUCAUUGACCGUCCGCGUCAACUACGAAAAGCUUGACGUCGCCCUUCGAAACCGCCGAUUCUUCGACCUCGCAGAGCGCGACGCACCCCCCGAAACUGCACAAGUGUACGAUUAUCUCCUUCGUCGGAUUGAAUAUCAAACAACAAAAUGCCGAGACUCGGCCGAAAUCCCCAGAGAGGGCGAAGAAGGCGAACAGUACUCAGUUGCUAUCCCUCUCAGCGCUCUAUCUCAGGACAUCGACCCAUACCUUGACCUUGUGGGAUCUCUCGGACCCACAGGAGUUUCUCCCAACAACCGACUUGGGAAACGGGCCUUUGACGACACAGUCAAUGGCGACGAUGACUACGACCACGAAGGUACCAAUGGCACUGGCGGUAACCGCGCCUACGAAAUUGACCAGCACCUCUCCCUUCUCUCCCACCCCCCCUACAGCCUAACAUCGAAACGCCUUAGCGGCGGCCUCAUCACCUGGACCAUUGAGUUCCGCCAUCUAGCCCGCAAACUCCGCCACCUCGAACUCGAGCGUAUUGUCGAAGCCCGCUACGGCGACGUCGCCCUCCGCGUCAUCCGCGUUCUCCAAGCAAAAGGCAAACUCGAUGAAAAGCGCCUACAAGAAAUCAGCCUUCUUCCCUUCAAAGACCUCCGCCAAGUCCUUGCAUCCAUGCAAACUGGCGGCUUUGUCGAUCUCCAAGAGGUGCCCCGUGACGCCCAGCGCCAGCCUUCCCGGACAAUCUUCCUAUGGUUCUACGACCCUGACCGCAUCCGCGACAGUAUCCUCGAAGAUACGUACAAGUCUAUGUCGCGCUGCUUACAGCGGUUACGAUUCGAACGGAGUCGCCUGAAGGAGUUUCUAGAGAAAACAGAGCGCAGUGAUGUAAAGGGUAAUGAGAAGCGGUAUCUUUCAGAGGGAGAACUGGAGAGACUCCGUGAGUGGAGAGCCAAGGAGUCACUGCUGCUUGGUGAAGUUGCACGGUUAGAUGAUAUGGUUGCUGUCAUGCGGGAUUAUUGA